AUUGCUUCCUUGAGAGAGAAUUCAGUACAGUGAAAAUGAAGAUGCCAUUGUUUAUCCUUUCCUUAGCCAUUUUAGUUUCUGCUAGUCUAGGAGAAGCUGUGCAGGCUUCUGAUAUCAAUGGCGUACUUGUGGAAGAAAACCCAAUUCGCGAGGUAACAGACCAUGAGUUUGCAAAAGGGUUGUUCACUGCAGAGACCCAUUUCGCCCAUUUUAUUAAAAAGUUCAAUAAGAAAUAUUCAGGGGAGGAAGAGCAUGCUCACCGCUUCUCCAUAUUCAAGAUCAAUCUAAGAAAGGCUAUGCACCACCAGAAUUUAGAUCGUUUGGCUGUUCAUGGUAUCACUAAGUUUUCCGAUUUGACAGAGGAGGAAUUUCGUCACCAUUAUCUGGGUCUCAGGGGACCCCUCUCCAUUAACUCCCCUGCCCCUGUGCUGCCCACUGAUGAUUUGCCUGAGGACUUUGAUUGGAGAGAGCAUGGAGCUGUUACUCCUGUCAAAAAUCAAGGUAGCUGUGGAUCUUGUUGGACAUUUAGCACAACAGGAGCCAUGGAAGGAGCCAAUUUCUUAAAGACUGGAAAGCUGGUUAGCCUCAGUGAGCAACAGCUUGUAGAUUGCGACCAUGAGUGUGAUGCUGCAGAACCAGAUGAGUGUGACUCAGGUUGCAAUGGUGGGCUUAUGACAACUGCCUAUCAAUAUGUCCUCAAAGCUGGUGGGCUUCAAAAAGAAGAAGACUAUUCAUACACUGGAGUUGAUGGGACCUGCAAGUUUGACAACACCAAAAUUGCAGCCAAGGUUGCUAACUUUAGUACUGUUUCCAUUGAUGAAGAUCAAAUUGCAGCCAAUUUGGUCAAGAAUGGUCCAUUAGCAGUGGGUAUCAAUGCUGCUUACAUGCAAACUUAUAUAGGAGGGGUAUCCUGCCCAUAUGUUUGUAGCAAAAGAAAUCUAGAUCAUGGAGUAUUGCUCGUAGGAUAUGGUGUAUCAGGUUAUGCCCCAAGUAGAAUGAAGGAGAAGCCAUACUGGAUCAUCAAGAAUUCAUGGGGUCCUGACUGGGGUGAACAGGGUUACUACAAAUUGUGCAGAGGAGCCAAUGUCUGUGGAAUCAACACCAUGGUUUCUACUGUUGCUGCAGCGACAAUCAAUGAUGAAUAGACAAACAUUUGUCUGUCAAACUUUGUACAGAUUUAUUUUCUUUAUGUAUUGAACAUUUAAGGCUGAAAUCGUCAGCCAAAAAUGCUUCACCCUGUGAAUAGUUUGAAGGGAAUUGCAUGUCUAUGACUCAAAAAAUUUAAUGUUGUAAUGUUUUCAAAUCUAGAUUGCUCAGGCAACUGGCAACUGGGCCUUACUGACUUGGGGAAUACAGAAAGAUUUCUUUCAUUAUAUGUAAAUGUUGUUUAUUUUAUAUAUAGUUUCAAUGUUGGCUA